AUGCCGGCGACGUUGCUUCAUUGGAUUGCUGGAGUGGGCGCGGCCAUUUCCAUAAAGAUCUCAUCAUCAAUUGAUGACGUCGUGUGGCUGGCCCCAUUCUUGACCAACAACGUCAGCUACUUCUCCCGGCUAAAGAACAUCAGCAUCUAUGGCAUCGUUUGUUGGGUUCAGACCGCCAUUGCCAUGUGCAUCGCCUAUUCGGGCAACAAGCUUGUGGAGAUGGUGACCCGGAAUUCCAAAGAUGCUUGGUCUUCCGAGAAGAUCUUGACUGUGCUGGCCGGGUCAAUGCUGGCUUUGUACUCCAUCAAGUUGCUCUAUGAGUGGGUGACAGAGGCAGAAGAAGAGCCCCAGGAUACCAAGGAAGAUGCUGGGCAAGAGAACAAGUACGCGAAAGUCAGCCCUUCGGACCUGGAGGGCGGCGGGGAGCUCACGCCCGGUCGCAACGAGUCCAGGUUAAAUCUGAAGUCACAGUGUGUCCCGGAUACUGCUGUUCCCAACACCGCCAUCCGCUGGCUUCAGGAUCAGGAUCCUUCAUGGCUGCAGCAUCUAGUGCGCAUUCCCGGGAACGGUAGGCGCACUAGAAUAGCAGCAACGAGGGCAGAAGCACAAGACCACAACAGCACCGGCGGCAGGUGA